GCGCAUCCUCUGGAAUUGGGAUUCGUGGAGGAAGAAGGAGAGGAAUAUUACUGCGAUGUGUGCGAAUUGGAAAGGGAGCCGCAGGUUUGGUUCUACGGUUGCAGGGAGUGCAGUUUUAGUGCGCAUUUGGAGUGCGUUGUUGGGGAGUUUCCACAUGUGAAGUCCAAGAUGCACGAAGCUCACCGGCAUCCGCUGAAUCUGGCGAUGAAAUGGAAGGGGGUGGAACAGGGCGGCGAUUGCGCGGCGUGUGGUGAAUCUUGCUCCGACGAUUUGGCGUUUGAAUGCGGCGUUUGUAAGUUCAAUGUGCACGCCGUUGGGCAUUGCUACCACCGGGGGACGGUGCAGGGGAAGCUGGCUUCCACCAACCGCUGCUUUUACUAUCGUGGGAUUGGACUUCACCAACACCCAAUUCAAAAUGGAUGGACUCGAGGGAAAUUGGGACCAUACGGAGGCAGAGGAGGUAGUCCUUGGGAAGAAAAAGUUUUCGCCUCCAUCAGAGGUUUCGCCGUUUAUCAUGAAGGAUGGGUCGACGCCUUUCAGAUUCUUCAUGAGAGCAACAAUGGCGGCCUCAUCUGGUCCAGAAACCACGGCGGAAAUGGCGGCUCUAGAUCUGAGGUUGUUUUUGAUUAUCCGGAUGAGUAUCUUGUUUCGAUUCGUGGGCACUACAGUGAUCUAAGGAAAUGGGGAAGUGAACUGGUUGUAAUCCGAUCACUGACUUUAGAAACCAAUAGGAGAAGUUGUGGGCCGUAUGGGGAAGAAGAUGGAACUAAAUUUUCAUUCCCAGCGGGAACUAAGUUCAUCGGCCUCCAUGGUAGGUCUGGUCAAUUUCUUGAUGCAAUUGGACCCUACACAAUCUCAAAACAGUAGGCGCAUCAUUUAUUUAUUUAUUUUUUCUUAUUAUUAUUAUUUUGGACUAAAACUUGUAUUAUGCUUUACAAAAUGUAUCAACACUCAGAAUUCUAUGAUUCUAAAUAUACUUUACUGUAAAAAGAUUU